UGACUCUAGACGGGACUCGAGUUCGUGCCGCGUUACGCUACGGUGCGUUAGCCUCAAAUUUGUUCCCUGUCAUUUCUCGGUAAAGUGCUGUCCCUCCAUGGAUUCACUCAAGUAUUUGAGCUGAAGUAGAAUAAUCGAAAGGAACAUAGUUGUCGGCAUCUGUAGUAGAUGUGCAGCGUCUAAAUCUGAGAAAGAGAGAUAGUGUUAUUUUAGUCUAAUACGGCGGAACUGCAUUGAUUAUGCAGAGUGGAGCCUUUUUUCUCGCUUGCAAAUAAAAUAAUGGGAGAGAAAUGAGAAGGAAAACAAAAGCGCAGCGAAUUUUUGACUACGAAAAUGAAGAGGAUGAGGAAGAGGAACAAAAAGCGGACUGCUUCAGCAACGGUGCACAGAAACGAAGAAAAAUGUUUUCCUCCAAAGAAAAAGCAGAAGAAAAUAGCUCAUCCGACGCCGGGCUUCAGAAGUUAACGUUAGACAUGAAGGUUUGGGCUUUUUCUCAUUAUCGGUGUUUAAUCGAUGGUUUUUCAUGCAUUUUGACUGAGAAGACGGACAGCAAAACCGUUCUGUUUGGAUUCUCACAGUUGUUCCACUUUAUCACUCCUGAACUUUUGGAGAGGUGUAACACAGGCACCACUGCCCAAAAACUGACCAACGACCUUCUCCGUGGACUCUACGAGAGGGAAUGCCUGGCUUCCCACUCCAUAUCUGGAGUCGUAUACAACAAAAGAGGCCAGCCAAAGCCUGCUCUGCCCACCGAAGAGGUCCAGGCAAUCCUGAGAACUGUUCAGUAUUUCUUUCCUGGCAAGACUGACGUAGAGAUCAAGGGCUACAUCCGACAGAAACUGCAAAACGAAGCCAAGAGGCUGAGGAAGAAACCGUCACUCUCAGGCCAAUACGAGUCUAGAGGUCUCAAUCUACCGUUAGAUGUGAUCGACCAAAAUUGAAACAUACAGUUAGUGGAUAUCAAUUGUGUGUUCUCCAUUAAAUUAGCCUUAUUCGGUGUUAGUUACAUUUAAGAGUCCUGGACUCAAGUGAAAUUGAUGUGCAUUGACAAUAGUCUUCAAAGAAAGUCACAAUGAUCUCUUGCGGCAGUCUUUUGGCUGUUGGCGGUUGUGGCGUUACUGAUGUGAAAAUGCAAAUUAGCGAUUCCAGAUAAGUCCAAAUGUUGCAUUCAUGAAGGGCUUUGGCUGAAACGAGCACAGUCGACGCUUAGAUAUCGAGAUGUUUAGAUAUUAAUGAUGUAUUCCUGUGAACGUCUGGUUUUUUUUAUACUUUGUAUUUAACAGAUGUAGGACUUCAGGACGUACCAUUGUGCGAGAAGUGUAAUAGGCUGUGACUAUUAUUUACAUUGUAUAUUUUCAAUGUAUUUCUUAUUUGACGAUGUUCUUUGGUCUAUAUGACAACAGUUUUAUGUAUGUAGUUUUUUGUUAUUAAAUGCUGAA